CGGUGAUGGAGGAGGGCGGGAACAAAUCGCAGAGACAAAGAAAGUCUCUGGGUUGGACAGAAAGGGAACGGUGACUGGAGGGUGCCCCGGCCGGAGGCCUCAGGAUGGUCUAGAAGCCGCCCACCGCCCACCGCGGCGGCAGAGAACGGAGGGGGAGGGGGCCCGGGCCUGAACCCUCGCGUUCCCCGCCCCCCCCGCGCUGGGGGCGGGGCCUGGGCGGGGCUUGCGGAGCAGGGAGGCGGGGCGGGUGGCGGACAGUGGCCCCCUGGUGGGGCCAUGGAGAAGCAGGAGCCUUGGGGAGCUGCCAGCCGCUUCGACGGGGGAUCUCCUGGCCGGGCAACCAAGGCCGGGCCAGAAGGGGUCAGAGGAGCCGAGGCAGGCCCUCGGCACCCUCAGUUCCCCGGGAGCUCCGCCAUUCACAGCCCUGAUUCGCGGCGGGCCCCUGCGGGAGUGGGCCUCGGUACCCCUGGCCGCAAGUGCGGCACGUGUGUUGCUGGAUACAGCACCCCGUACCCUGGAAGCAGUGUACCCCACUCCGGGGCGCACGGUUCAGAAUGCGGUUCGUGCCACGGGGCAACCUGCUUGCAAUCCAAAGACUCCGGUGUGGACCAACCCCGGGGCAUCCUAAAAACCGGCCCCGAAUUGUCGCGAUCCCCCAGUGCGGAGAAAAAGGCUCAGCGCUGGGAUGAGAUGAAUAUCUUGGCCACCUACCACCCUACCGACAAGGACUACGGCUUUAUGAAGGUGGACGAGCCCAGCACUCCCUACCACAGAAAGGACAGUGACGAGGAACUGGCUGCAGGGUCCUCCCCCAAGGUAUCUCCCGAAUUGCUGCAGGAGAGGUUUGCAACAAUGGACAAUUUCCUCCCCAAGGUCCUCCAGUAUGGUGAUAACAGAAGCUCAGAGCCUGCAGACAGCUUUGCCAAGACGUACUCCAGCGAUUUUGGCAAGCAGCGCAAGACACACUAUGAUGAAGGGAAGUUUUUCAAGUCUCAAAAAACCGUCUUGGAGGACAAGGAUGGCCGUGGACGUGGUGCCAAUAUCAGCAGUGGCGGUCAGCAUGUACUGCGGGACCCGGAGCCCAGGCCUGUGGAGAGAGACUGGGAAGGCGGACUGAGCAGCGGAGUCAAAAAUUACUCUUCCUGUGGCAAUCGGUCUGUCCCGGCCUCCGGCCCCGUCACCAUGGAGCAGGGCAUGGGUCCAAGACGUAAGGAGUAUUUCAGCAAAGGAAGAUACUUGAGGUCGGACUCCCAUCCAGAGCUGGACACAGAGGACACGCGGCAGCACAGCUCCACGGGCCUGACCUGGGUGAUGGAGAGUCCCAUAAGCACUGAGGUCCGUUGCCUGGAUCCCAAAAGAGGCUCUUUGAGGGAUCACAACAAGCCCAGUGAGGACUCCCUGACAAUGACAUCAUCACAGCCUGGAACCACCGUGUCCUCCCAGGACAGUGGGUCUCAAGUGUCCAGCUGGUAUCAGUGGCCCGUGGCCAAGGAGCUGGACCCUCAAGGCCCAGGGAGUUCAAAGAAAGAACACGGAGGCAAACCAAAUGCCCCAGGCCAGAGCGGGCACAAAUAUGAAGCCUUACACGUUCACUGGACUCAGGAAGACCAAAUCUGACCAUGGAAAGUACAGCCAUCUGGGGGUGGGGUGAGGACCACCUUCCCCUGCCCUCGCCGCCCCAGGGUGCACAAUAAAGAGACGAGCAGGA